AUGGAGGCGGGACCUGUGGAGACGAGCGGCCGGUUCACCAAUCCUGCGGGAGUCCGGGACCUCCGCAGAGGCCUCAUUUGCCCCCGAGGCGCCUCCUGCUGCGCGGCGCGCUUCCCCGACGUCGCCAUUUAUCUGGCCGAACCGCGCAUGGGCCGCAGGCGCCGGGCCUUCCUCGCGCGCCUGGCGUUCUCCAAGGGCUUCCGCGCCCUGGACCCCUACAGCCCUGAGAUGACCCACGUGGUGAUGGAGCAGACUUCUGCAAAAGAGGCCAUGUGCUGGUGGGAGUGCAGGGCAGAGGCCCUUCCUCCAGGCUGUGCCUGGCCAGUACUGCUGGACACAAGCUGGUUGCAGAGCAUGGCAACUGGAUGGCCUGUGCCUGUGGAGGGCCAGCAUUGUCUGGAGGUGGCUGAACCCAAGAAGGGGCUGCUGAACCCAAAGUGGAUGCUGCCCUAUGCCUGCCAGCAUCCCACACCCCUCUCACACCAUAACGCCAGCCUCUCAGCUCUGGAGUUGCUGGUGGAGGCCACAGGCUUUGAAGGCAGUGAGGGCCACCUCCUCUCCUUCUGCAGAGCCACCUCUGCACUGAAGGCCCUUCCCAGUCCGGUCACAGCCCUGAGCCAGCUGCAGGGGCUGCCCUACUUGGGAGAACACUCCUGCAGGGUCAUCCAGGAGCUGCUCUAUCAUGGGGUGUGUGAGGAGGUGGAGAGAGUGCUGCUCUCAGAGCGCUACCAGACCAUGAAGCUCUUCACCCAGAUAUUCGAGGUUGGGGUAAAGACCACUGAUCGGUGGUACCAGGACUGGCUGCGCACCCUGGGUGACUUCUGAGAGCGGUGCCUGAGGCUGACCUGGUAGCAGAGAGAAGGACUCCAGCACCAUGAGGACCUGAGCCCUGGUCUCACAGCCGAUGUGGAGGCGCUGCAGCAGGUGGUGGAGGCCGCCAUGGGACAUGCCCUGCCUGGGGCCACUGUAAUGCUGACCAGUGGCUUUCACAGGGGGAAGUUGCAGGGCCAUGAUGUGGACUUCCUCAUCACUCACCCUGAGGAGGGCUGCAAGGUGGGGCUGCUGGUAACCGUGAUGCACCACCUGAAGGAGCAGGCGAGGGCAUCCUGUCCCCUCCCGAGAGACAGCCAGGAGUCUGGCUCUGCUGCCCCAACCCCUGUGGCAGUGCUCUGCCUUGCCUGCUCUCCCCCUGGGUCUUGUCCUGUACCAUCGGGAGACCCCAGCUGCCUCAACCGGCAGAACCACACCAUGGAUGCCUUUGAGAAGAGUGUCUGCAUUUUCUGCCUGCUGCAACCCCGAGGGGCUGCUGUCGGCAGUCCCUAGAGACCCUACCCUGCCUGGAAGGCUGUGCGGGUUGACCUGGUGGUCACCCCCCAUAGCCAGUUCCCCUUUGCCCUGCUUGGCUGGACUGGCUCCAAGCAUUUCGAGUGGGCGCUGCGCUGCUUUAGCUGGAAGGAGAGGGGGCUGUGGCUGAGCAGCAGCCAUGGGCUGUUUGACCCUGAGCAGAAGAAGUUUUUUUUCCACGUGGCUUCAGAGGAAGACAUGUUCCUAUACCUAGGCCUCGACUACCUCCCCCCAGAACAGAGAAAUGCCUGAUGCCAUGCAUGCCCAGACAGAGGUGUGGUGGAGCAGCAUGUGGGGCAAGCUGAGGUGCAGGAGACGGGAAUGUGGUUCUGCCCAGCGAGCUGGCCUGCCAGGGUGCCUGGGCCCCAUCUGCCAUGGGGUGUCACUGGGGUAUGGGGUGCCAUGGUUGUGUGGCCCUGGGCCACAGGCCUCAGGCUUCCCUGUGCUGUGGGACCUGCAGGGGGCCUUGGGAGCCUGAGGUGGUGGGUGGCGCAUGCUUGGCAUAUGCCUGAUUUGAAGUGUCCAGCCUCAGACUUGGAGACAGGGGGUGGAGCCGGAGCUUUGCCCACUGGGAUUCUGCUGUGGGGGCAUGAAAAGGUGUGCUUUGGGCCCUCGGGCCAGGGGCACUGGGAGGAAGAGACUUCUGGCACUGAUCCACUGCAUCCCAACCAGGCUUCCUGUUUUUGCCUUUGCUCCUGCAAAGGCUGGUCUUAGAUGUCUUAAAAACAGAGCACACAGUGUCCCUCCAGUGGGCCCUUGGCAUCCUCACCAGGACCUGAGCACACAUUUCCACCUCGCCCUGACCUGGCCUCAUCUGCACAGUCCCCCUCACGCUGCUCUGUCCAAGCCAGAUGCUUUGGAGCCCCUCUGCACUGCCUCUGGAACUGCCCAGGAUGCCCAAGGCCAGUGGGUGUCUUACUGUCACUGAGGGGACUGGCUGCUUCCAUCGCCAGUGUGCUGUGGCCUCGGGGCCUCCCCUCACCACCACCCACCUGGGAUGAGGACCUGAUGAGGACCUCCCUGACCACUUACCACAUUGAAAAUAUUUUUUAUAUCAACAUGCUAUAAAAUACUCUUUUGGUAUACAGUUUUAUGAGUUUCUUCCUUUUAUUGAGGUGCAUACAAUAAAAUGCACAAGUGUUAACAUGCUGCUUGGUGUAUUUUGACCUAUGUACACACUCAUGCAGCCAUCACCUCAUUCUCACUACUUUUUUCCCCCUUCACCUAUCCCUACCCCCUGUUGUAACCACCAGUCUGU